CGAACCAAACACAUUGUGACGGUUGGGUGCACUUUAUAUGCCCGGCCAACCGAUCUUUGCUUCCCUCGACUUCUCAAAGCAAAGGGGUGGUGAGCAUGGCCGUGGGCACACACUGCUCGUGGUUGCUGAGAUCCCUCCUGCCGUCGCUGUGGGAGGCGGAGGUCGCCAUCUCCGCCGUGGCACUUCUGGCUGCCGCAGUCGCCCUCCUCCUCGUCCUCGACGAGACCGCGUCCGCCACCUCCCCGUCUUCUCCCACGACUAAGAGCUACGACCGAGACCGCCGGGGCCGGAUGCGGGGCAGCGCAAAGGGAAGCAAGCCGGCGGCUGAACCAGGAUGCGCCGGCGACGAGAUCACUCUUGUGGCCGGCAGCUCUCGCUCUCGGAGCACCACCGCGUACGUGAUCAAGGUGGAGCUGGUGUCUGCCAAGUACCUGAUCGGCGCCAACCUGAACGGGACCUCCGAGCCUUACGCCGUCAUCUCCCUCGGCGAGCAGAAGCGCUUCAGCCCCAUGGUGCCUAGCUCGAGAAAUCCCGUGUGGGGGGAGGCGUUCAGCCUCCUGGCCGGAGAACUGCCAGCCGAGGUAACCAUAACAGUUUAUGACUGGGACAAUGUGUGCAAACGCAAAGUCAUCGGAUCUGUAACUGUAGCUAUCCUCGCCCAAGAUGAAACAGGAGCCGUUUGGUACGACCUGGACAGCAGAUCUGGUCAGAUCUGCUUGCGUAUUAGCUCAAAGAAAGUGCCGUCGACUUCUGAUAGCUUCUUUAAGCAGUAUACUGGAGCCAAGUCCCAGAGAAAGAUGAUACUCACUAGGCAACGGUUGGCGAUGACUGAAGACAGUGGUCCUCUUCACGCUAUAACCGAAUUUCCUCAUGAUCAAAUUGUUCAACACAGUUAUUCUUGUGCUCUCGAGAGGUCUUUCUUGCGCUAUGGGCGUAUGUGCAUCUCCGCAUGGCAUCUGUGCUUCCAGUCACACGUAUUCUCCAAGCAAUUAAAUGUGAUCAUUCCGUUACAGGACAUAUACGAGAUAAGGAGGAGCCAGCACUCCCUUAUAAACCCAGCUAUUACUAUAGUUCUUCAUACCGGCGCAGGUGAUCAUGGAGUACCUCCAUUGUGCUGCCACAAUGGAAGCAUCAGGUACAAGUUCACAUCCUUCUGGAACAGAAACCGUACAUUUCGAGCUCUAGAGACAGCCUUGCAGAGUUAUCGAGCAACCUUGGAAGCCGAAAAGCAGGUGAGUGCACAUUUACUUCUUAAAGGAGAGAGUAUGAAUGUUAUUAGGAGCAGACCAGACAACAUAAAGACAGAAGACAGAAGAAUUGGAUUGACUAUCACAUUUCAACCUUUCAUCAAUGAACAUGUUCUUGUAGACAUAACCAGUAAUACCUUCCCUGGUACACCAGAGAAGUUUUUCACUGUGAUACUAGGUGAGGAUGCAAUGUUUUUUCAACAGUACCGAAAUGCACGAAAAGAUACAGAUUUAAAGCUGAGUAAGUGGCAUGUCUCAGAUGAGUACGGUGGAAAUGUUCGCGAAGUAACUUUCAGGUCACUAUGCCACAGUCCUUUGUGUCCUCCAGACACUGCGGUAACAGAAUUGCAGCAUGCUUCUUUCUCAAACGACAAAAGAAACCUGAUCUAUGAAACAAAGCAGCAGGCACACGAUGUCCCAUUUGGUUCUUACUUUGAGAUCCACUGCAGGUGGUCUCUAAGGACAACCUCUAGUUCAACAUGUCAAGUGGAUAUAAAGAUUGGUGUGAACAUGAAGAAGUGGUGCAUUUUGCAAUCAAAAAUAAAAUCUGGAGCAACUGAUGAGUACAGGAGAGAAGUUUGCAAGAUUUUGGAGGCUGCCAGUGAUUAUACCGUCAAAGCUGAGUCAAAUGGGCCAGCUAGGGAAGAUAUUGUGGUGACAUCUUCAGCAUAAGGAACUGCGGAAAACCACCUGCAUAUUUCUGUGCACGCAUACAUACAGGACACAUUUGCAAAAUUUGGAGGCUGCUUGUGCUGUAACCUGAAAGCUUCGUCGAAGAGCCAAGCCAGCAAUGAUACUGUUGCAACAUCUCCUCCAUGAAAAGUUGCUGUUAAAACGACCUAGAAAGGUCCACCCUCGCACACAAAAUGCUUCCGACUAAGUGUUCACUGUUGAGAAGGAAAAAAAAUACUCCUGCAAAGUAGCAUACUGCUGUGAAUAGCCCAACCUGGGUAGAAACCAACAAAAAUAAAAUGGCAGAUGAUCCUAGUCCACCUCAUCCCUGUAAAAUCCAUGUACUUGCUCUAUUAUAGAAGUGACAAAACAUAACUUACAUCAAAUUAUCAACUGAUCUGAAAACAAGCUGACUUUUCUA